UCCGCAGUUAUUGGAUUUUUAUGUAUUGAUAUUCUCCGUUACCUUGUCGUUUUAAAUAUAUGAAGCCAUCCUCAACCGCAGUACAUUAGAACAAAUUUAGAAAUUUAAAAACAAAUAAUCAACCUUAUAAAUUUCAUUCAUUUAAUUUGUAGAAGAUUACAAAUCUACAAUUAUCUAUGUGUCGUUUGCCGUUCCCGUUUUAGGGUUCUUUGCAAACAAAAAUACAAUUCUGAAAUAAAUAAGGGUUCCAUUCUCUCUUUCUCUCUCUUCGUUAUCUACUGUUCUUCUCUUCGCCUUUCCUUUGAUCCAAAUCGAACCCUUGUUUUUCUUAAUUCCUCUUCAUGAACUCAAUUAUUUGCUUGCUUAGAUCUUCUUUUUCUCUUUUCUUGCUUCCUUCUUCUACCGUUUUUAGCUGAAACACUCACUGCGAUAUACUGAUACAUACAUACAUACAGUGUUUCAAGAAACUUUCUACUUGUUGGGUUCUCGUUUUCUGAUUCAAUUUUUGAUUUUUUGCGGUUUUCUUCAUCUGGGUCGUUUUGGUUUUAUGCUGGACAUGGAUGUGUUUGGAGGUGGGGGUGAUGUGCAAUCGGGGGAUGUUCCAACGGAAGGUGAAGUUUUUGAUGCAUCACAAUAUGCAUUUUUCGGUAAAGAUGUUUUGGAGGAAGUUGAGUUGGGCGGGCUAGAAGAUGAUGACUUAUUGCCUGAGUCUAAUGAGGAGGAGUUCCUUCUUAACAGAGAAGAGGCUGAGGAUAUAAAAUCUCUUUCUGAUAUUGAUGAUCUAAGUACCAAUUUUUGGAAGUUGAACAAGGUUGAAAGUGGACCAAAAUCUGCAGCAGUUAUUGGUGAUCAGGGUUCAAGAGAAAAUUCUACAGCUGAAUGGGCAAACAGGAAUGACGUUCAGAACUGGUUUGAACAGAGUGCUUAUGACAGUGAAGGUUCUCUGGAUGGCAGAAGAUUGUCAUCACAACCUUAUUCUUCUCUUUCUCAUUUACCUGAACCAAAGCCCUUGUACAGAACUGCUUCAUAUCCGGAACAGCAAAGGCAGCAACAACAUCACCUACAGCAUGGCCCUGGUGAAUCAGUUCCUAAUUGGUUUGAUCAGCAUGCAUAUGAUUCUGAAACUACUCAAGAUGGAAAACGAUGGUCAUCACAGCCACAUUCCUCCAUUGCACACUUGGAAGAAUCGAAGUCCUUGUACAGAACAUCUUUAUAUCCUGAGAAGCAGCAGGAGCAUCCUCAUUUUUCUAGCGAACCAGUUUUGGUGCCAAACUCUUCAUUUACUUCUUAUCCUCCACCUGGUGGUAGAUCUCAGCAGGGUUCUCCUAGCAAUAAUACAGGCUACUUAAAUAUUCCUCAUAAUGCUAUAGGAGCUCAGAUGGCACUAUCUUCUCAAAAUCGUUCGCGUUUCUCCAAUCCUGCGCUACAGUUGGGUGGAUUAAACCAUGGGCUACCUUUUAGUGGCAACAUGAACCAAUUUCCUACUGGUUCCCCGUUUAACCAGCGAAUCCAGAAUCAAUUGGUCAACCAGGCAGGGUUUUAUUCUGGAGAUCAUCCCAAUUUUUCCUCAGGUUUACCCAUGCUUAACAAAUAUGAUCAGAUGUUGGGGAUAAUGGAACUGAGGGAUCAAUUACCAAAAUCAGCUCUCCUAGGUAGGCAGAAUCUCCGGUUUCCCCCACAGGGUUUUGAUUUGAGUUUCAAUAGAAGCAAUAAUGGGUGGCCCCGAUUUAGGUCUAAGUAUAUGACAACUGAGGAAAUUGAGAAUAUCCUUAGAAUGCAGCUUGCAGCAACACAUAGUAAUGAUCCAUAUGUAGAUGAUUAUUACCACCAAGGUUGUCUAGCGAAAAAAUCUGCAGGGGCUAAACUGAGGCAUCACUUCUGUCCAAAUCAAAUAAAGGAACAUCCUCUACGAGGCUCUGCUAAUACUGAACAACAUGCUUUUCUCCAGGUUGAUGCUCUAGGGAGAGUUCCAUUCUCAUCAAUUCGCAGGCCUCGUCCUCUUCUGGAAGUUGAUCCACCAAAUUCUUCUCGUGCUAGCAGCCCUGAGCAAAACGUUUCAGAUAAGCCCCUUGAACAGGAGCCCCUGCUGGCAGCAAGGGUUACAAUUGAGGAUGGUCUUUGUCUUCUUCUUGAUGUAGAUGAUAUUGACCGUUUCCUACAGUUUAAUCAGCUUCAAGAUGGUGGAAUUCAACUAAAACACAAACGUCAGGGUCUUUUGGAAGGACUUGCAGCCUCACUUCAUUUAGUUGACCCACUCGGAAAGAGUGGACAUACAGUUAUGCAUGUGGCAAACGAUGAUGUUGUUUUUCUCAGGAUAGUUUCUCUACCCAAGGGUCGAAAGCUUCUUGCUAGGUACCUUCAAAUACUAUUUCCUGGGGGUGAGCUUAUGCGAAUAGUCUGCAUGGCCAUCUUUCGUCAUUUCAGAUUCUUAUUUGGUGGCCUUCCCUCUGAUCCAGUUGCAGCAGAGACCGUGAGUAACCUUGCAAGGGUUGUUUCCAAGUGCCUCCGUGAAAUGGAUCUGGGUGCACUUAGUGCUUGUCUAGCAGCACUUGUUUGUUCUUCAGAGCAGCCACCUCUACGUCCCCUUGGAAGCCCUGCUGGAGACGGGGCUUCCCUUAUUUUAGUAUCUGUGCUUGAGAGGGCUACUGAACUGCUCACUGAUCCUCAUGCUGCAAGCAACUAUAAUAUCGCAAAUCGUUCUCUUUGGCAGGCUUCAUUCGAUGAAUUUUUUGGUCUUCUCGCCAAGUAUUGUGUGAAUAAAUAUGAUAGUAUCAUGCAAUCAUUCCUUAAUCAAGGGACACCAAAUAUGGCUGUAAUUGGGUCAGAAGCUGCUAGAGCAAUUAGCAGGGAAAUGCCAGUUGAGCUUUUGCGUGCAAGUCUGCCUCACACAGAUGAUCGCCAGAAGAAGAUAUUACUUGAUUUUGCUCACCGCUCUUUACCUGUAGUUGGGUUUAACAGUAGUGCUGGGGGUAAUGGUAACCAUGUGAACUCAGAGUCAGUGCUGAGUUAAUUGGAUAGUUGGACAUUCAUCUAAGGGGCUGUUUCCAAAGCAUUAUGUUAUUAAAUUAUGUUGGGUCAUCCUCAUGUGUCUUCUUCCCUUGGAGUAGUCUGUGGAAGUAUAAGGUGCAUCUUACCUUUGAAGUUUAAAACCUAUUUUGUUAUUUUUGCUGUAAUGCCAUUUUGCAUUGUGAUAAAUUUGCAAUCAGGCCAAAUGUGUAUUGAUAGACUUGGCUUGGUUUGUUCCUCUCGUCUUUUCUUUUUCUUUUGACAGGGGAGCUUAUUGUUACUCAGUUAAUGGUUUCUAGAGAAUAGUAGUGGGGUAGUAUGUUCAGGUUUAGGUUUAAGCUGGAUUCCCAUGUUCCUUCACUAUUAUCAUACAGGCAUGGGGUUGGUUGUGUCUAUACUCCAUAUCUACCUUCUUAAGUAGUCUACAAGGUCGCGUUGGCAUGGCAAAGAAUAAGAUCUGAUAACCUUGUUUCAUGGUGCUAUGAUGUUACUUUCCUCUCCUGACUAUUCUCUGCUGGAAGUGUAGCUUUGUAUCAUCUCUUGUAUCUCAAUCACUUGGACUAUUUUGGUGGUCUUUCUUGCCCCAACGUUGUUUUUAUCUUGAACUUCAUGUUUAGCUUAAUAAUUUUGGCAGUUUCCUUUUACCCUUGCUACUAUUAGCUAAUGGGCAAUAUAUAAAAUCUCCGAAUCGUCGACUGUUAAUGUAGUUUUUAAGUAUGUUGUGGUUGGUUCUAGACCCUGUUGACUCUUC